CUCGACUUCUCAGUCCUUUCUGUAGUAAUAUUCAAAAUAAUUUCAAAUUGGUUUGUGACUCUUCGUUGCCAAAGUCAUCGCAAGGUUUUUAGACUCAUUUCUUCACAAGGCUAUUUGCUAUUGGAACAUCCAGUUUUUAGGCCAAUGACCUUGUUGUUUUAGACGAUUGUAGAUCAUCGAAAUAUGAAAGUAGUCAGCUGGUUCUGCGGUUCAACUAUGCCUGGCCUUGAUACCAUGAUCCCUUCAUUUUGAUCAUACUGCAUGAUUUCUAUGUAAAUUAUUACUCCUCGUCAGUACUGAGACAUCGAUGUUGGAAGUUUCUUGUGGUGGUAAUGACCAUACUGUGAUAAGUUUUAGUAGAGAAUGUGAACAUGUCAAUAACUUCAAAAUAAAUUAUGGAGGUGGAUAUUUCGAAAAUCUCAAUAAUCGUAGUUUCAGUGGAUAUAAUGAAGCAUCAGAAAACUUAGCAACUACAAAACGAACUUUCAACUUGAAAAUAAUACCACAAUCACAGUCGACACCUGAAUGCAAAGAAAAAGAACCCAGUAUCACUAAGUUGGAAAGCCCAACAACUAUAUCUCAAGUGCGUUCUCUUUGCCGCAGCUGUGUUCACAAUGGCAAUGGCUCCGAGGCGACUACUAGCUUCCCACCAAGUACUACGAAAAGUUUUCCUGAUUGCUUUACAGAUACGUUUGAAAGUCUAGACGUACAACCUCCUCUGCUUGAUUACCUCGUCCGACAUCAUGCUAUCAGUGAGGAAUCGAGCCUUAAAAUUAUGCAGGCUGAUAAAUUGCAACGACCUUCUUUGUUACUGAGUGCUGUCGGUCUCCCUGUGUUUAACGGAAUUAUCAACUCGAAAUCAAGUCCUACAUGUUCUUACGCUCCACCACCAGGAUUGGCACUCCUGCUUAAUGCAUUGCGGCAUACGGGUCAUCAUGAACUUGCCAGCUACUUGGAUUGUAGUCGGAGAAUCAAUCCAUCAUCAGUCGACGGAGGAAUGAACUCAGGAUGCUCCGAUCUCUCUGAUAAAAGAAGACGCGGACAAAUCUCAUUGUGGAUUCAAUUAUUAGCAAUCAAAGUAUCUCCAGCUCUUUACAAUCAGCUAGCACCAAAUGCUACGAGAAAAGAUAGUUUCGUUUUGCCAUCUCAUGUUGAAAAAAUGCAAGAAAACAAUAGACCCUUUAAUUUAAACGGUCAAGAUGAGCGAAAGCCAGGACAUCUUCAAAGGUUACCAUCUUUACCUAUAUGGAUAGACCAUACCACCACACCCAGACUAGCUACAAAUACUAACCAGUCAAACAUGGAUUAUGUUAAACCAGCAGAAAAUACUAUCAAAAGUGCCCGUAAUCAGUGGAUCAAACUGCUCUUACCUCUGGUCUGCUGCUUACGCCAAUCAAAAUCAUCAAAUAAAAUGUCUCCAAAAAAUCCACCUGUUGAUGGUUGUACAAAAUUUAACCUGGCCAACAAUGAGACAUAUCGGGAUAUUAGCUUACAUCAGAAUUCAUCAAAAGAUGAUUCUAAAUGUCCAAUUAUUAACAGUGCAGAUGACUACAAAACUCGAAUGGUCAGUCGAGCUAUACUGGACAGUAAAUCCGUACAGUUUUAUAAUACAGUUCUUGAGAAUGGUUCAUCACUACGUGAUGCAAUCGUUAAAUACUUAGAGCAGUCAUCCGGUGUUCUUGUAUUAGACUGCAAGUUAGGCCGUUUUUCGCAGACCUUCAACAGUAAUAGUAUGGCUCCGGAAUCAGUAUCUGCACUGUGUGUGAUACUGAUCGCUACUCAGUCGGAAAUAAUCAAACGGCUAUCUGAGGACUGUAGUUUGCAUUCUUCAGAAACCAAACCUUCAUCAACAGAGGUCAAUAAUUACUUACGACUUCCUGUAGUAAAAACACUUCCAAGUAAACUUACGCUAACUUCCAAACUUGCAGAUGAUCUUGCUACUGUUCUCAUUCGUGCAGGUGCAUUAUGUCAAUUAGAGUUGCAAAACUUACGACUUUCAGUCACACUGGAUCCAAAAGAAGUCCAACUAGCUAUCAAAGAACUUAUGGAUUUGGAAGAGUAAUCACUACUAAACUCAAAAGACCAUAACUUAAAAAACUGUCAAACACUUUGUUACGAGCUGUGAUAUACUUUGAUGUACACUGAUCCCUUUUAAUUACUAGUUGAUUACCCUCAUUACGACAUUUUUGUCGUGUCUUCCAGUUAACGCAUUUCACUGAUGUGAUUAUAAUCAUGCCAGUUUACACUGAUUUAUAUUCUUCCUAUUGUUUCUUCUGAUUUUUUCCUUACUCUGUUUCUGCCAAUAGUCGUUCCUAUGCUUUGAAACUUCCUAAAAAUAAUCAUGUCCUUAAAA